GCUGGGGCUCGGUGACAAGAGGACGAGGCGUGUCAAUAAAAAGAGGGGCAGCCGAGGGACGGGUUCCAAAGGGGAAGGACCUGAGCCGCCAAGCAAAAGAGGGUCUCCUCUGAAAUCCACCCCUAUUGAUGUCAGAAGCCUGAAAGCAGCGUACAGAGAAAGCGGAGACAAGUGGAACUUUUCAAAGGCAGCUCCGAGGGACGUCCACCUGGAGAAGAAAAGCUGGGGCAUCUUUCGGACUUUGGGAGUUUUCUGUGCAGGUGUCUGCUGGGAAGAAUGGCGUGGCAGCUUUUGGGACUGACCAUUUGCUUUGGUCUGGCUCCUUCUGCUUUUGCAGACUGUGCUACUCAAUGCUCUGCAUGCGCUCUGCAGGUCCAGGAUGUAGAGAAGCCCAUCAAACCCUUGAUCUGCUCCCUGGAGUGCCAGGGCUCCUUGCCAUCCAGGGCAGAAUGGGAGAAGUGCAAAGACAGCUUGUCCACCCUCAUUCCUUUCUUGAUGGAAGAGAAGGAGGAAGCCAAGAGACCUUUCCAGUUGGAGGAAGAGGAGGAAGCCCCCCAGGAGCCAUAUUCCAGUCUGGUCAAACGUUAUGGUGGAUUCAUGAAGAAGCUGGACAAGAACAGGAUCUUCUCCCUGCUGCGGGAGAAUGCCCUCACCAAGGGUGGCAUCAGCAAGAAGUAUGGUGGGUUCUUCCGGAAGAUUGGAGAGAGGGCAGCCUCUGAGCCGGCGAUGGAAGACUACCCCACAGUGCUAGAGACUGGAGAUCUGGCCUACAAUGGAGCAGAGUCAGAUACAGGGUCUCUCAAAGAUGAGACGAAACGUUAUGGGGGAUUCCUCCGCAAAUACCCCAAGAGAGGCUACGAAAUGGUUUCCGCCACUGAAGAUGAUGAGCAAGAGCUGGAGGGCCUCCACAAACGCUACGGAGGCUUCCUGCGUAGGAUCCGCCCAAAGCUCAAGUGGGACAAUCAGAAGCGCUAUGGAGGGUUCCUCAGGCGCCAGUUCAAGGUGACCACCCGGUCCGAGGAGGAACCCAACGCCUAUUCAGGGGAGGUCUCUGACCUAUAGAUGCCUCCCCCUCAUCCGCUGCAGAAAACCAAGUUCUUUUCCAGCUGCAAUACUUCCAAGUAGGAACUGUGUGGGUCAUCCAUCUCAACUGCUACCCUUUCCCCCGUCAGUUCCCAAUGCUCAGCCAAGCAGUGCAGAUGCUCUUUGCCAAUUUGAUGAUAGAAAGACCAGCUUGAUAUCAUGAUGAGAAGGGGCUUUAAUGAACUUGAGGGUGGAACUUGAGGGUUUGGGGCUGGGGAGGGAAUCAUGUGUUUUCUGCAUUUCAUUGAACUCAAACUCCCAGCAUUCCUCACUAUUGAGUACACUGGGCAUGGAUGAUGGAAGUGCAAGAGCAUCUCAAAUCUCUGCUUUGGGCAGAUUUUGGAGAGGUUACAGUCAGUCCUCCACAUUCAAGUAAUGCAUACAGGACCCCCAUGGGAGUGGGAAAAAAAUCUGAAUUUUCACUGAGUAAAUAGAUAUAGAAAUCUCUCCCUCCUCCAAUGUAACUUGAUGACCAGCUUCUUGUGGAAGUUGACCCUAGAAUCGCACGGGAAGACCUACAAAACCCAGAAAAGUGUUAUCUCUAGGAAUGUCUUGGUCAGUGUUUCUCAACUUGGGGGUCGGGACCCCUGGAGGUCAUGAGGGGGUGUCAGAGGGGUU